ACACAUUUCGCCAUUGUUGAAAAAUCGUGUAGUCAUCUCAACAAAGAGUAGCAUCCCCGGUCUUGUUUGGGACCAGAACUAAAUAAGAAAUUAAAAUUAUUUAAAAUCUUGUAAAAAUGUCUCCGACUGAUCAUGCCAAGAUUAGUAAAGUAGUUGUACAUCCCCUCGUGUUACUAAGUGUUGUUGAUCAUUUCAACAGAAUGGGAAAAGUUGGCAAUGUAAAACGAGUAGUUGGCGUUCUUCUAGGUUCUAACCGACAAGGGAUUUUGGAUGUUUCCAACAGUUUUGCAGGUACUUUUUUUGUUUUAUUGGUGCUAUUUUUUCUUUACUUUAUUGGUAUCUAGGUUGACUGGUGAGCCGUCUGACCCUAGGUUUCUGCCUGUAUAUCACUUUUGCUGCUCUACAAUACGACAAUGUCAUGUCUAGUGCAUUCUCAUUCUGCCUUUUUUUUAUUGUUGCGAACAUGGGUGGGUCUUUGUCCAAUUGCUACAGCCCAGCUCUUGGUUUGUAUGCUUCAGUGUAAUUUAGGAACAAAAUCCUGUUGUUCCGGUUGAGGUGUCGUUUUAAACAGUUAUUUGUUUAUUGAUGUGGACUCCAUUGUGGAGAGAACUAAGGCCACCGCUGUUUUCUCUUCAAAUUCAAAGUGCCAGACCUACGUGCAAUUACUUUGUAUGGAUAAUUUAAACCAUUUGGGCCAUGACAUCAUAUAUGUCAUAUGUGUUUAUGUCAAAUUUCUGUGUUGGAUUCACUCCCCUUUGUUUAUUCUUGUUUUGUUUCUAAAGUUAUAUAUUCUUUAAUACGAGGAUAGAAUUUUUAAAUUAAAAUUUCAUUGAUUGGUUAAUGAUAAUAUUUAAAUUUUCCAGCAUUUUGUUUUUGGUGGAACCUGCAAUAAUGUGUUUAAAAGUGCAUUUGAUGAAACUAAUUUGGGUUUUAAUUAUUUUCAAUAUUUUAUAAAUUAUUUUAAUCUUUUUAUUCAAAUGUACAAUUUACCCUGUACAGUAAAGUAACUGUAGCACAUGAUGCACACAAACACAUGGUUUUAUGGUUCAUGUUAAGCGUUAAGUCAUAGAUUUUAGGUUUGAAGAUUUUCGCUCAAUAGGGGAGGGGACUAAAUUUAGGGGUGAAGUGGUUAAAACAACACUUUUUUUUCGCUCCACAUUUUAGCAGAUGUGUUUUUGCACCUUUUUUUUUACACUUUUUUUUUUACACAGCUGCCACCUUUGUUGCCAUGAAACAUCUGCCAUCAUGGUAGCAGUGGAAAGUAGUGCAUAAACAUGGGGAAUUGAGUGGCACGAAUUGCAUAUAUAAACCAUAUUUUUCAUUAUCAUCAUGCCAUUGAUAGCCACCUGGCCAGUAUCUUUAAUUUUACAUAAUGAUUGUCCUAACUAAUCACUAAUAAUUAGUUUACUGUAGUUAGCAGUAGUAUAAUACUUUAAUUUUAAGUUAUGAAUACUGCUGUCUUUCAAGUAGCAAAGACUUUAACUGCAGAAGUUGUAUUAUUAAAAACACAAGGAUUAAAUACCUUUUUUAGAGAUUUCCUACAUUCUAAAUAAGUGAGAUGGCCUAAAUGCAAAGAUAAAGAACUAGGGGUGAAAGAUGUGGAAACCCCUUUGCACCUAUGCUAAUUAUCUAAAUUAUUUCAUUUCUUGUCAAAAUAGACCGACAAGAAGAGAAGCUACUAAAUAUGAACAUUUUUACUAAUCAAUAUUUGUGCCAUGAUUCCCACUGUUUCUGUUACAAUUUAUUUAGGCCUAUACUAAAUUUUAAAUAGUUUCAAACUUUGUUAAAUCAACCCAUAUUUGACAACUACUUAAUCUUAACAAGAUACUGUGUUUUUUAAAUUUGGUUAAAUUUUCAAACGUGAUAAGAGUUUUGUUUUACUAAUAAUAUUGAGAUUACAUGUAUGUCAUAAUUUCCAAGUUUUCUAAUAUUUUGUUGUUGUUUGUUUCAGUUCCAUUUGAUGAAGAUGAUAAAGACAGAUCUGUUUGGUUUCUUGAUCAUGAUUACCUUGAAAAUAUGUAUGGGAUGUUCAAAAAAGUCAAUGGUAAAGUUAAAAUUAUUUGAGUUCUUAUAAUCCAUUAUUUGGGUAAAUUGUUUUACUUCUUGAGAUUUUUUUAUUAAUUCUUUCGCUCCAGAAUUUUUUUUAAUGAAAAAAAUUUACAUUAUUUUCAAAGAACCAAAAAGAGUGAGAGGUUGGGUUUAUUAAAAAAUAUUUUAAAAUAUUAUUGUUUGGUUUACAAGCCUAAAUUUUUUAUCAAAUGUAAGAUAAUUGAAUAAUGGAUAAUGAACUUAUUUCUUCAGUUUAACUAAAAUAAGUAACAGUAAAUAAACCUAAAAUGCGAAAACAUGAUAUACAAAAUCGUUUUGUCCCCCCAAACCCUUUGAUGUAGGUUUACAUCAUCUUCACUGCUAUAACUCAAAUCCUCUAAAACUGCUGCUAUCGGAAUCAUGCGAUGGAUCUAAAUCUAAAUCAACUUCACUAUCAAAAUAAACAAUAUAAAACAUUUCCAAAGCUUUUUGAGCUGUUAAACAUCUAGGAAACUUACUCACCCCACUAGGGCCUAGGGUAGCCCUAGCGACAGUAUUUAUACUGAAAAAAAAACAAGAAUAUUAGUAGAAUAAUGCUUAAAAUGACAACAAAUAAACCUUGGUUUCGCUCAUAAAUAAUGAAGUACCUCUCUGCUGUGUAAAAGUCUGAUUAUAAAAUAGCUCUUAAAAAGUUUAACCGAGAAAUAGCAAAGCAACAACCUUCCUACCACAGCCCUGGCAAUCGACCGCUGGGAAUCUUGGUUAUAUUCUUUCUAACAAAAUGUCUCUUGAUAAUCAUAUCUCUCACAUUUGUCGAACUGCAUACACCGCUAUCCAUCAAAUCAGCUCCAUCCGCCACUACCUCACACAACCACGCUAUAUAAAACCACUUAAAAUAAUAAUAAUAAUAUUGAAUCACAGCAAAGCGGAUGAACGUAAUAUGCGCUGCCCCGCAGUGAAAGAGUUAAAGCUUUAAAUUAAAAAACACAUUUUCUUUUCAUAAAGCCCGUGAAAGAAUUGUUGGUUGGUAUCACACUGGACCUAAACUCCAUCCCAAUGACAUUGCUAUCAAUGAGAUGGUGAGAAGAUACAAUCCAAACUCUGUAAGUGGACAUUUUCAGUGGAAAUUGAAAAAUGUAUUAUAUUUUUUUUUUCUCUCUCUUUUCUUAGCUCCCCAAAAAAUAAUGUGUCUAGAUUUAGAUUUUAUUAUUACAAGUAAGAACUUGUUCUUGAACAAAUCUAAAACCUGUUUUUCCUUCUCUAGGUCCUAGUUGUUAUUGAUGCAAAACCUAAAGAGCUUGGUCUUCCAACUGAGGCUUACAUUUCUGUUGAAGAGGUUCAUGAUGUGAGUGACAUAAAAAAUUUACAUACAAUUACUGGUUUUAGCUGUAAACAGUAAGAACUAGACAUUAUAGUGUAAUUUAUAUCUAUAUUGUUUUUUGGAAAUCAUUUGAAAAGUUGAUCUGUAACACUUGUGUGUUCUUGGUUACUAAUUCUGGGAUUUGAUGCCUUUGUUGAGGAUAUUUUUGAAAUAUGUCAUUUACACAAAUAAUUUUAAGUUUUACCUUUUCCAGGGUUGUUAAUAUUGCAAUAUUGUAUUGGUAUUGGUAGUAUUGCCAAUACUUUUUUAAGUAUUGGGACGAUAUUGCAAUACUUCUUGAAAUUUGAUAUUGGUAUUGGUAUUGCCAAUAAUUAUUUUUGAUAUUGGUAUUGAUUUUUAACCAAUACUAAAAGCAAUAUUCAAUAAAUUCUCUACAACAUUGGUUGUGAAUAAAGCUGAAUAUAAUAAAUUUUUCUUUGGUGUCGCCAUCUUGCGAGUGACAUUGCCAAACAAUUUUUGAAUGAGACUGAUCAAUGAAAUGAAUGAUAAUAGAAAUCAAAUCAUAUAUGAUAUCUUUGGCAAUGAGCAUUGACCAGUGACUUACCAAGGCUCGAUUAAGGCUUAGGCACUUUAGGCACCGUGUCUAGGGCCUACAAACAAAAAUGACAGUCAUUUGCUUCAUUCAUCCAUUCAUUCAUCCAUCCAUCCAUUCAUUCAUUCACAUGUGUACAGUAUACAUAUUAAAAAUCUUGUUGCUUAAGGACGUUAAGGUAUGCCGACUUAUUUAAUAUGUUGUCAAAGACUUUUGAAUGCUUUGAGGAAAACUGAUGAAGCAUGUGUUAACUAUUGAACAAAAUUUGGUUAAAAAUACAUUGUCUAAAUUAGCCAAAAAUGUUGUUAUCAUUUAUCGAUGUAAGUGAUAUAGAGCGAUGAAUUACGUAUUUGCGUUAUAUUCGUCGAAUGACCCAAAUAUUGGUAUUGGUAAGGUAAUAAUAAAUAAGUAUUGGUAUUGCAAUACUGGUUUUAAAAUUGUAUUGGUAUUGGUAUUGCCAAUAGAUUUUACAGGCAGUAUUGGUAUUGCGAAUAAUUUUUUUUAGUAUUGUUAACAACCCUGACCUUUUCCAACUCAAAUGUUAUUUUUACAUUGUUGGUUGAGAACAUCUAUCAUGAUUUUUAAAGAAGUUUUGGUGGUGCAUAAGUUACUUCUGUAAAGAUUGAGAUUUAAUUGCAUUUGUGUAAUUAUAAUGAAUGAUUAAAAUUAUUCAUUACAGAACGUUUCUGUUUAUUACAUAUGAAACAUUUUCUGGUUAACUCUGUUUUGAAAUUAUUGCAUUUUUUAUAGGUGAUACUAAUAUUUAACAUCAAUAUGGUGCUUUUUUAUAUUAAAUGUACAUCAAACAUUUCAAUCCUUCAGGAUGGUACUCCAACAAGCAAAACAUUUGACCAUGUUCCUAGCGAGAUUGGUGCUGAAGAAGCGGAGGAAGUUGGAGUAGAACAUUUGCUUAGGUAUUUUAUUCUUUGAGUACACUGUCUUAAAUGACUAGCUUUGCAUGGAUCAUUUCAAUUAGUGUCGAAAAAAAAUGGCAAUCACAGGCAGGUGACACAGGUCAACAACUGAAUCAGUCAAAGUACACUGACCCUCAAUAUUCAUCCCACUUCACAUGAGUCAUUCAGUCUCAGUUGGUGAUUCAAAGUGUGGGCAUCAACUCUUGUUUACUCCUUUAUUUCUUUUCAAUAUUUACGAGUUUCUGCAGCUAUUUUUUUUAAAGAAUUAAGUGACCAUGGAGUUCAUAUUUUUGUAUUUAAUUUUAGAUUUUAUUUUUUGGUUAGUUUUAGAGUUGAGUCCCUUGUUUAUUUAUUUUUUGGGGGGUUUUUAUUGAAAAAGAAUAGAUAGGCAAAGUUCAAGGCUAGGAACAAAUAAACCAUUUUUAGUUAAUUAAUGGGAAAAAUUUGUCCUUCCUUCUGGAAAAAUUAAUGACAAAUAUUGUAGUUUGUUUAUAGUUUGUUGUUUUUAUCCCUUAUUAACAUGUUUCAUGUUUCUCAUUGAAGUAUAAAUAUUAUUGUAGAUGAAACAAAAUUAUUGAAAAUAUAAAGCAGAAGGUAUUUUUUCUAACUCAUAAAGCAAACCAUCAUUUCUUACACUUAAUUGGGAUUAGCAAAGGUUUGGGUAGAUGCUUAAAAUCGGGAUCAGAUAUCUAUAUAAGAGAGGGGCAUUGAAACGAUAUCACUGAGGGAAAUGGCUUAUAAUUAUAAUAAAAAAUGCAUUAUGUUUGCAAAUUAUUAAAGUGGACAGUUGUAUUCAGAGCAUGUAAAAUGAACAGAACAACUGAUCUAAUUUCAGGGUGAAGUAGCAAUCCAAAAUAUAAAUACAUAACUCUAUGGUGACAGAAUGUGCCUGUACCAGAAAGCAGAUGAAGCUUGUAGAUGGUUUUCAUUUGAAAUUUAUUGCUUGAAAUUUGAUUUCUUCUUAAACACAACAGGGAUAUCAAAGACACGACUGUGGGAACCUUGUCCCAGCAGAUCACUGCUCAGCUUAUGGGACUAAAGGGCCUUCACUCUCACAUGGAUGACAUUGGAAACUACCUGAAAAGUGUUGCUGAUGGCAGACUCCCAAUCAACCAUCAAAUUAUUUAUCAGCUACAAGUAAGUCCUAGUUUUAACUAUUUAAAAAAAAAAAAAAACAUUUUGGAAUAUUUAGUUGGGUUUUUUAUAAAUAAAAAAUAAUUAGCAAUAUUAUUUGCAAUUUUCUAAAAAUUUGGUGUCUUAACCAUUUCAAUCGAGUUUCUAGAUCGCCUUAAACUGCAACUAUGUUGGCUGUUAGUGUUGACAGAAAUGAAUUUGAUGCAAAAAUAGAUAAUGGAAAUAAAAGCGAUGUUUAUAAUGAAUUAGUUCAACAUUUUACUAUCCCAGAUGGGUCAGAAGAUGAUCUUAAUAGAUCUGACUGGUCUAACCAAUUGUGUUCAAUUGACAUUGAAGAAUUUUAUAUGUAACUGGUCCCAGUGUAGACUUAUUUUAAUUAAAUUUUCAUAUUUUCUCUAUAAUUUCUUGAAUUUUAUUUAUGACUGGAUGGAAGAUAGUUUUUAAAAAAAUAAAAUAGUUAAAUUUGCUAAAUUAAUGUCAAAAUUGAGUUAUUUCCCUUUGCUUAGUACUGAAGGUAAUUUCUUUAUGGACACUAUGGUACUGAGAGGAUUAAACUUUAAUUGGCUGUUUAUGAUUGUAUUGGGACAAUGUUCCCAACAAUUUUUACAUUAUUACUAAAUUUAACAAUUUCUUUAACUAAGAUAUUUUUACAUGUUAUAUAUAUAUAAAUAUAUGUACAAAAUUAAGUUUCAUUUUAAUUACAUGUGUUCUUUGGAUACAGUGGAAAUAAGCUGAGAUUUAAUAUUGACCUAGCUGGAGCUCACCUUUAAAAAUUUAACAACUGUAUUAUCUUAAAGCUUUCUCUAUGUGGAAUGAAAACUGACAAUUUAUUUUUCAUAUUUUUUCAUCAAAGGCUGAUUAAUUUCUUUGCACUCAUCCUACUACAGCCACAGGCAAUCUACCACAAAAUAUAAACUUGAAGCAUUAAUGAAGUAAAUUAGUGUAUACUGGCAGGAAUAAAAACUCAAAUUUUUUCAGAUGAAUUCCUAAGGAAAUGAGUUUCUGAAUGAUAGCAUUUAUUUUAAAAAAUGGAAUGAAAGCAUAAUUUUAUAGGAAUGUAUUAAAUUAAUAGUGAGAAAUAAAGACUUUCUUUAUGAAAGUGUUUUGGGUGAAAUACUAAUUAGGCCUUCACCACCUCAGCUAACAGGACAAUAUACAACUUUUUUUUAACUUUGGUUCCAUAAAAUAUUUCAUAUAGUUUUAACACAACUGUAAAUUGUAUUCACACACAGCCUACAAAGGAAAGUGAUACCAAGAAAUUGAGCUCUGAGUUUUUAAUACCAAUUUAUAUUUGUACAAAGAAUAAGAAGUGAAUGUAUAAGCUUUUCUUGUUUGUUUUCUUUUACAGGAUGUGUUUAAUUUGCUUCCUGACGUUGGAGUCCCAGAGUUGGUGCACUCUCUGACCGUUAGCACAAAUGAUCAGAUGAGUGUUGUUUAUUUGGCAUCCUUGGUUCGAUCUAUAAUGGCUUUACAUAAUCUCAUAAACAACAAAGUAGGUUGCUGUUAACAUUGAAAUAUAUAAAUUAUAUUGAUGAAAUUAGAACAUGAAAUGUUGGAUUUCAAAGAGCAUGUGUGCAAACAUAUAGAGCAUAUUUACUUGCAAUUUUUUUAACGGUCAACAUUUAUUUUCGUUUAAUCAAUUUUGACGAAAAUUUAUUGUGAAACUAUUAAACUAUUUAAUGUUUUCAAAUUAUUAUUGUUAUUGGACAUUUUACCAGCUAUUCACAAGAAAGUAAUUAAAAUCAAAUGCAAAGAACAUUGAUCCUCAGCUCGUUUCCCUAAUUAUUAUGGCCUGUCACACUUAAAUGUUUGAAGAAUAAAUUCUUGGUAUAUGUUAUUGGUUGUUGUAAAAAUUUAGACAAUUUAUUUAACUCCUGCAGGUUCAGAACCGAGAUGCAGAAAAGAAUGAAGGUAAAGAUCCAGCCAAAGAGAAAAAGGAUAAAGAAAAGGCUGAUGAUAAAUCAGCAAAAGAAGGUGCAGAUAAAGAUAAAAAAGAUGGUAAGGACAAGAAGAAUGCUAAAGAUGUCAAGAAGUCAACAAGUAAAUAAUGAUAUAUCUAAUAUAACAGUUGUGAAUAUGAGUUUUUGGGAUGAAUGACGAGUGAAAUUAAUUAUAUGUAUGUUUACUAUCCAAUAUUAGCCAAUAUCUUAUUUUUUAAGAACGGCAAUUUGUAUUCAUAUUUCUUAACCCUAAUUGUUAUUAGUUAAAUUCUCAUAAGAGGCGUUGUGCAUGGGUUAUUGACAAUGUGUCAGUACCAGCUUGAGGGGAAAAAAAGUUCUACAUGGUUUAAAUAAAGUCAUUGUGGUGUCCCAAAUUUGAAUUUUUGUUGAAUGGAAAGGUAAGCUUGUUACUUAAACCGAAGAAAAAAAAGUGCUAAGAGGUAGAAUCUACUAUUAGUAAAAUAAUAAUUAAUUGGUUGUCCCAUUCAAUUACCUUCAGAAAGCCUGUAACAUGUUAUCUGUUCCAUUCUGGAUGAUAAGUAGACACCAUUUGUAAAUAGUUAUCUUACAUUUGUGAUAUUUUCAUUCAUUCAUUCUUCUAUAUUUUAAUUAUCAGAAUUGAGGUUUUUUAGUUGUUUUUUUUUUUUUUUCAUUAGCCCCUAAAUUAAUUAUAUUAACAUUAGUGCUAACGAAAAUAUUUAUUAAAGCAGUUUAUAAAAUGGUGAUUAUUAUAUCCUCCUUCAAUGAUUGAUUGAAAGAAAAAUAAUCCCUGAAGGAAGUGUUUGUGUGGAAGUAUUUGCCAGCAUCAUUGUUAAAAUUCAUUGUUUAAAAAUCGUAUAUGACAAAACUGUACCUUCCUUGAACAAGUUAAAUUUUUAUUUGUUCAUAUCAUUUUGCCAUGCAUUGCCUCAUUGAAAUAAUUAAAAUUUGAGGAAAUUAUACGUCUUUUGUUUCGUUUGUAUUGUUAUAAAGCUACUUUUAAGAGUUUGAACUGCAAGUAUUACUAAUUAUAGAAAUCAAAAGUUAAAGCUGACAGUUUAAAUCAUUCCCCCCACCCCCAUUAGAAAAUGGGAAAUAU